AUGAGCGAGGUCGCGCGAGAACGAGCGAGAUCGCGCGAGAGUGCGUCGGCCGCUCGCAGCGGGCACGAGCUCUCGCCCCAGCUAAUACCGGGGAGCAGACGUCGCGCUUCCCAAACUAUCCUCUUGAACGGUCACGUCACGCCCGGGGAGGGUUCGACGCGAGAACACAAACAGAAUACGACGGCACACGCGUACAUCGGUCGCGUAACAAGCGCUCCGGUAAGCUGCGAGCUCGGUACGUUGAGAGUUCAUGGGUGUGUGUGCGCUGGGCGCUGGGCGCUGCGGGAGCUAGGUGCGUCGCGGUGGACUGAGCAGGUCAGGCAGCGGCGCUGGGAGCGGAGCGGCGUCCAC